AUGCCACUUUUCGGCUGGAUGAAAUGGCCAAAAUACAAUUCCUACAAACCCACACAGUACCCUGACUCAGAUGUAGUAACAAAGACUCUGCUUCGAGAAUUAAAAUGGCAUCUAAAGGAGCGAGAGAGAUUAAUACAAGAGAUUGAAAAUGAACAAAAAGUGAAAAAAACAAGUGUGGAUUACAACUGGCUGAGAAACUAUCAGAAUCCACACACAACCAUCCCAGCUACUGAACAAAGACAACUUGAAGUUCUUUGCUCACAAGUUCAGCCUUGUCAAACCGGAACCAUUCUCAGCAGAUUUCGAGAAGUUUUGGCAGAAAAUGAUGUACUGCCAUGGGAAAUAGUCUACAUCUUCAAGCAAGUUCUGAAAGACUUCCUAAGUAGUACUGACAGAGGUGGCGCGCAGCAAGAGGACCUGGAAGAGUCUCGGACCACAGACUGCCCGGCUCGUUCUCCGAACCCAGGUGAAAGCCCCAAGAGUCCAGACAAAGAGGAAAUACCCACCAUUUCAAGUUACGUAGACAAAAACACAAAGAACAGGUUCCCAACAUUCUCACACACAAUAUGGAACCUACCAUACUAUUACCCAUCAAGUUAA